GUUGUUUUUACUGAUUUGAGAGGCAAAGCAUUUGAAGUGCAGGUUGGAUUGCAUGAACUAUUAGGACACGGAUCAGGGAAACUGUUCAGUAAGGACAAGAAUGGAGUCUUUAACUUUGAACAAGAUAAAGUUAUUAAUCCUUUGACUGGAGAUAAGGCUCACAUGCAGGCUUGUUACGUUAUAUUGCGUGUAUUGAUGGAUUCUGAUACUCCUGUAUUUAAUAUUGAGAGUGUUACUGGCUCUGAUGGUAAGCCUGACCUCUUGAUCAGGUUUGAUAGGAAUAAACUGGAGACCAUUGCUAAACCUGUCAUUGGAGAAUUCUUAAAUAAACUGCAGAUCUACAAGUCUACAUCAGAUGUUAGCUCAGGACAGUUAUGGUAUAAUAAAUAUUCAACUGUUACUGAUGAUCAUUUGAUGUUAAGAGAUAUUGUAAUGGCUAGGAAGAUGCCUAGAAGGUUAUUUGUACAGCCACACACUUCAUUUGAUACUGAUGGUUCUGUUGUUCUUAAUGAGUUUGAUAGUUCAUUUGAAGGAAUCAUUUCCUCAUUUUUAGCAAGAUAUCCUAACUAUGAUACUGAACUGGAGUCUCUUUGGAAAAAUGAUCAGCAUUAUUGGAAACAAAAAUAGACAUAAUACAUAAUACAUUUGAUACAAAUUAAAGAACUAGAAAUUUACUUGUGUGUGUAUAUCAAGUAUAAUUAUAGUGAUUAAUUGUCACAUUGUGUUGCCAUGUGCAUGUCACAGUAUUAUUGUGCAGUGAAGUAA